GCUCACUUCGUAUUUAGCAAAACCGCUUCUGCAGCAAUAAUGUAUCUUGCAAUAGUUUUCAUUGUUCUUUUCAGAAUUUCAUUUGGAUUAAUCCGGAAUUCCGAAUUGGAUCAGCUGUUCCUUGAUUUGAAUGACAGAAAUACUAAAUUUUACCAUGUUAAAAAUACAGGGGAAUCAGAUGAAAUUGCGCAAAAAGAGCCGAUUUUCAUCAGUUUUUUAAAAACUGAUGUUCGAUCCGGGAAUUUAAAAACUUCGCCAGCUUUCAGUAGCAGUGUCUUACAAGAUCCUUUGAAUGGUAUAACUGAGAAAGCAAGUAAAGUGAUAUCAAAAAAUAUUUUGGAAGAUACUUUGGAAACUGUUGCAGAAGUAAGUGAUGUCUUAAACAACAAAAUCCAGGAAGAUUCUUUAGAAAUUAUUGAUGAAAAAGUUGGCAAAUCCUUAUCCGGAGGUAUCUUGGAAGAACCUCUUACUAGGAAAACAAGAGCAGCCAUACAAAGCAAGAGCACAGAAAUUCCAGAGAUAACUGUUGUUGCAAAUGCAGAGCUGGAUGAAGGAAACAGAUGCAGCUGUAAGAGCGUGACAAGUUUAUCCAAGGUUCCUGCGGUGUUUAUAUUUGUAAAUACCGUUAUUAAAACUAUCCAGUCUUCAGAAUUGCUGACCAUACUCUUCGACAUCACCGACGCUACACCUGAACAAUUUGGACAGUAUAAAUGCAGGUUUAUUGCAGACUUCUUCCGGAGACGUGGCUUCAUUAAUGCUAAUAUAAUCGCCGCUUUCGCCGUACGUCCCAUCGCCAAAUACUUUGAUGUCCUUCUGCCGGAGACGAUGAUGCAGGUUUACGCCAAUUACAUUGCCAAAUUCCUAUUUGCUGAAGGAAUCCUCACUGCUGAUAAUGCAGAAAAACUAGCUAUGAUGUUGUAUAGCAAAUGGGAAGAAAGCGCCAAAAUCUAUAAAAUAAAUUAUGAAAGCGGUUACACUACUAAAUUUCAAGCUAUAACAGAUGGUGAGACUGGUUUCCUUCUAUCUUUUGGAGAGUUUUCAUAUUCAGAAUCAUGGGAGAUAUCUUUCUACUUUGCUCACGAAUGGUUAUUGGCUGCUGUGGAUUAUGGAACUCUUAGAGAUCUCACCGAAUAAAACAAAAUUUUUCAUACAUAUACAACAUAAUUUUUUUUUGUUCCACAUUAUUUUUUCACAUUAAUAAUUCGAUGAAGAUAACAUAUUACUAUUAAUAUAACAUAACA